AAGCGGACAUAGCCGUUGGCUCAAUCUCAGUCAUGAAGGCUCGGCCCAGCCUCGGAGGGACCUACAAUGAGUUUCUGGUCCAGCAGCUGGACACGCUGAAGUCCGUGCUUUUGGCGCGGCAUCAGCUCGAAGUCAGCCCAAAGACUGCGAGCCGGCACUCGGCGGUCAAGGAUGCGUUGGAGUUGGAGCGAGGCUGGACGCAGGAGGACGAUGAGCUCUUGAAACAGUCCCCCAAUGAGUUGAUGAAGCUGCUUGACCUGGAGCCGGAGGAGUUCCUGGAAAAUGUGUUGCCUGCAGGGCCAGUUGACCGCUGGGCGAGCCUCUACGACAAGUUGCUGCACGGUGAGCCGAGGCAGGCCAGCGAAACCUUCCAGCUUUCCAUUUUGGAGCCUUGGACCACGCAGCUGGAGCGGACACGCCGUGUUGCGACCACCAUGCCUGAGAAGCCUGAGAAGUUCGUGCGAAGCAACUCCAUGACUUUGGGCGACACCAUGACCGAUGAUUCCCGGCUGCUGCAGCGCAUCAUGCUCCCACCGCAUGGGAACACGCGCUUGGCUUGGACCGCCUUUGGAAUUUUGGCUGGGACCUAGUGUUCAUUCCGCUGAUGAUGUUUGACCUGCCGGUGGAGGUGGCUGCAGUCACCGAUGCAAUGUCCAUCGCCAUCUUCUGCUACUGGCUCCUAGAUGUCCCAGCGACCUUCCUUACCGGCUACGAUAGCGGCGGCAUACUGGAAAUGCGCUUCCGGGUGGUCGCCCGAAACUAUCUGAAAGGCUGGCUGUCAGUGGACGUUACGAUCCUGAUGCUGGACAUCCUGAUCUUCGUAGUGCUGGGUUUGAAUCCGGCGACCACAGAGGCGGACUCCUCCUUGCCAUCCUUCCGCCUGGCCCGGGCUCUUCGGCUGAUGCGCUUCCUACGGCUGCUGCGGCUCCACAAGAUGGCGAACCUCGCGGCUGAUCUCCUGGACCGCGUGAAGACAGAUAGCUUCAUGCUGACAGUCAACAUUCUACGCAGCCUGUCCGCGGUCUUAGCCUUGAACCACUACGUGGCCUGCGCCUUCCUGGGUCUUGCCUUGAUGGCGGAGGGGCAGAUCACUUGGCUGGACAUUGCAGGCUUGUCCGGCGUGGAUUUCUGGACGAAGUACCUGUCCUCCCUUCACUGGUCCCUCACGCAAUUCAUGCCGGCCACCAACAACAUCGCGCCCAACACCGCCCAGGAGCGGGUCUUCGCCAUCCUGAUCGUCCUGAUUGGCUUGGCCGUGUUCUCCUCCUUCGUCAGCACAGUGACGAACACGGUGAAUCAGCUGCGCCGGAUGCACAUGGAGCAUUUCAACCAGGAGACCCGCAUGAAGUCCUUCCUCACGCAGAAGUGCGUGUCCGUGGACGUGUGGUGCCGGGUGCAGCGCUUCUGCCGCCUGCGCAUUGUGCUGGACAAGAAAUCCCUGAAAGAGGCGGAUAUCCCCAUGCUGAAGGACUUGCCGUCGAGCCUGCGGGUGAAGCUACACCAAGAGAUCUACAUGCCUGCCCUGAUGUCAGCAUCCUGGAUGUCGGUAGAACUCGCCGAGCUCGACGAGCAGCUUACGCUGCUGCUCUGCGACAAAGUCUUCUCCGAGAAGGUGGCCUCGGCUUUGCAGGAGGUCUUCUUGAACGGUCACGAGUGCAAUGAGGUUGUGAUCCCUGGUGGGCCGCUCGUGUAUCGGUCUUCGCGCCUGGACGAAGUGGUGAAGGUUGACCAGGGGGCCUGGCUCUGCGAGCUGUGCCUUUGGGCCCACUGGGAGCAUCGCGGGCAGCUCGACGCGCGGGAGGUGGUGCAUUACAUCGUGAUCAACGGCGCGGGCUUUGCGAGCCUGCUGUCCAAGCACGGGGGCCCCUUGUUCCACCGCAUCCGCACCAUAGGCCUCCUCUACAUCGCCCUGGCGGAGGCGCGGCACGAGGACGGGCGGGACCAGCUCACGGAUCUGCCGCUGCCCUACGGCCAGGCCCAGGAUGUCACAGGCCGUGCCAUGCAGUUCAGCAACAUGCAGCCCGGGCACGUGCGGCACGGGCAGACGGUGGCCGGCCUGGGCAGCAUGCUUGGAGGUGUGUAGCGCGAGGUCGUGUGGCACAGCUAGGAGCCCGUCCCUCCUGGCCCUAGUGACCGACAUGGAGAGAGGCAUUUGGGCGAUCCCAGCAACCGGGCAUUUAGCUGACAGAUGCAUCUCAGCAAGACACUGUCGAAUUUAUCGCAGGGGCCGGGCAUUUGGCUGACAGACGCAGCUCAAACAGAC